UCAUCCCUCUUCCUCCUCAGACACCCCAGCUUCCUUCCUUUCACUCUAUUUCCCUCUCAGCCGCCACUCUCCCCCUUCUCCGGCGGCUCACCUACGCACUGAACCACCGAGCACGCAAACUCAGCAUCUCCGGCGACGCGUGCGGCGUGGCGACGACCCGCAGCGACUCACGGCGGCGCCGAGAUCCGCGUCGGUCCGAGAACGCGUGACGACCAGACCUCCGGCGAAUCAAGUUCGCAGCACCGGCAGCUUGCCGCAGCGGUCUAUCCCUUCUGAAGACUUUUGGCAGUGACCCGCAUUCCAACGGAGCCAUAUCUGUGAUACCCACUCCCUUCAACGCUAAUACAGCCUAAACCCAAGCUGUUUCAGUAGUAGGCUAGAUCGAUGCGAUGAGUCUAACCGGAAGGCAAUUAUUGGUGCUGUGGGUGAAAAUGGUCAAGGCUAAUAUGUUGUGAAGUCAUCAAGGCCUUGGAUAAAAAUGGUCAAUUAUCAAUAUGACUCGAAAAGUAAUUGGCAACAAAUGGGACACUUAUGAGUGACUUUAAAUGCCAAGCUGCCCUUUUCAAUGGACAGUUCGAGAAAGAAAUAUGAGAAUGUCGAUGAAUGUCCCACUAAAAAGUGCUCUUGUUCAUAUUGUAUGUCGUGGGUUCAUGCUUCAAGCCGUCUCUCUACUAUCAUCUUCAACCCCUAAUGGUCUUACUACCACUGUACUUAACUGCAAAAGCCCCCAAAAGGCACUUGAGUUAUUCUAUGCUGCACCCCAAAAGAAUACUCAGCUUUACUCGGCUAUGAUCCAUGUUUUAGUUGGAUUCAAGUUAUUUUCUCUAGCCAGAUGUCUGCUAAGAAACCUCUUAGAAAACCUCCUCCUAAAGUCUCGCCAGCCCCACCAUGUAUGUCAAUUGGCAUUCAAUGCGCUGAGACGCUUAAAAACCUCAAAAUUUACUCCAAAUGUGUUUGGAGAGUUAAUUAUUGUCUUAACUAAGAUGGGUCAUGUAGACGAAGCUUUGUGGGUGUACCGCAAGGUUGGGGCGUCGCUCGCAAUUCAGGCUUGUAAUGCUCUUUUAGAUGGCUUGGUUAAAACCAGCAGGUUUGAAUUGUUGUGGAGGAUUUUUGGAGAAAUGGUUUCUAAUGGACUGUCUCCUAAUGUCAUAACUUAUGGUACUCUGAUUGAUGGUUGCUGUCGCCAGGGAGAUCUUUUAAGGGCACGUGAGAUUUUUUAUGAAAUGAGAGUGAAAGGGAUCGAGCCAACCGUUGUUGUCUACACCGUUCUUAUUCGUGGUCUCUGCUCAGAAAGCAAAAUGGAGGAAGCGGAGAGUAUGCUCAGAACGAUGAUGGAAUCUGGGGUGCUUCCAAAUGUGUACACUUACAACACUUUGAUGGAUGGAUACUGCAAGUUGGGCAAUGUAAAACAGGCUCUUAGAUUGUAUCAUGUUAUGCGGGGUGAAGGUCUAGUGCCAGACAUUGUUACAUUUGGCAUAUUAGUUGAUGGACUCUGCAAAUUUGGUGAAGUCAAGACUGCGCGGAAUUUUCUUGUGAAUAUGGUAAAGUUUAGUGUUACUCCAAGCAUAACUGUAUAUAAUUGUUUGAUCGAUGGUUACUGCGAGGCAGGGGAUAUUUCUGAAGCAAUGGCUUUGCUUUUGGAGCUGGAAAGAUUUAAAAUUUUGCCGGAUGUCUUUACUUACAGUAUACUUGUUAGAGGUCUCUGUUCUGUGGGUAGAAUUGAAGAAGCAGAUGACUUACUUCAGCAAAUGAAUAAAGAGGGAAUCCCUGCUAACUCUGUUACAUAUAAUUCACUAAUUAAUGGAUACUGCAAAGAUGGCAACAUGAAGAAGGCGUUGGAAAUUUGCUCCCGAAUGAUCGAAAAUGGUAUCAAACCGAACGUGAUCACCUUCUCAAUGCUGAUUGAUGGUUAUUGCAAGGUAUGGAACAUAGUAGCUGCUACGGGCAUAUACUCGGAAAUGGUUAUCAAAGGCCUUUCUCCUGAUGUAGUUGCUUAUACAGCUAUUAUAGAUGGGCACUGCAAACAUGGUAGCAUGAAAGAGGCUCUUAAACUCUACAAAGAUAUGCUGGAUAAUGGCCUUACCCCAAAUCGUUUCACUAUCAGUUGCUUAUUAGAUGGACUUUGUAAAGAUGGCAGAAUCUCAGAUGCACUCAAACUUUUCACAAAGAAGGCCGGAUUUGGGACUGCCAGGUUCGCAGUUGAUGAGGUUGGAAGCGGGUUUUAUUUAACUAAUCACGUGGUGUAUACGGCUUUAAUUCAUGGAUUGUGCGAGGAUGGACAAUUUUUCAAGGCAUCUAAGUUGUUUUCAGACAUGAGAUGUUACAGUUUGCAGCCAGACGAAGUGAUUUAUGUAGUCAUGUUACAAGGGUACUUCCAAGUUAAACACAUCCUCUACGCGAUGAUGCUACAUGCCGAUAUGUUAAAACUUGGCAUUAUGGCGAAUGCAGCCAUCUCCUCAAUAUUGUCCAAGGGAUAUCAGGAGAGCGGAUCCCUAAAAUCAGCUCUGAAUUUUAGGAUAUGAAAUUGCUCCCGUGCGAUCAAGUACUUGUUGUUUUGCUGGUAGGCCACUUAAGUUAGGGUGAGCAAAAAGUAAAUAAAAACGGAGACCAGGCCUGGAAUUUCAAACAAGAAAACGUACUAGCGGGAGGGAGAUUCUCCAGCUCCACUCCUCUCUUUCGGCUUCAUUCGUUGAUGUGCCAUGCUUCGGUUGAUUAUUUUGCUUUCUCUUCCUGCACUAUUGCUUGCUAUCUUUGUUUAGUGAGCAGUGCGCUGUCCUUAUUUUAUAAAAACAACCAUACUUUACUUUUUGGAAGACUUUUCCUCCCGUGGAAAUCGGGUUGUGAGGUUUCGGUCCGAUGCAACUUCUUGACAAAGAGUAAUGUAUCAUGCACCAGCAGCCACGUAGGUCCCGUUGAACUCUUCCUUUUUAUCCGCUUGCUCGUUUAGAUGAGCAGGAGAAGCCGUUCCUGGAUUGAUUUUACUCAGAUGAGGACGCAUACGACACAAGAAUUUGGGGCAUCAUCUCAUCACCUGAGCAAGCCCUAUGGGAAGUUUCCAUUCUCCCUAUUGGAGAGAUGAAACUAGCAGACGCUCUGCUGCCAUAGCCACUGUCAUCGCUGCAGCUGAGGUGGUUCCCGGGUCACAACGGUUCCAUUCUACUCCAAGAAAUCAAAGGAGGAAGUAGCAGCCAUCAUAAUUUCAGACUGCAUUCCAUGGUGUUAUGUGGUAGGUGAUCUCUUUCACUGUAUUGCAAGAAUUUCUGAGAUAGUUUUAAAGCUGGGAGUUCAAAUCUGUUCACUACACAAGUUUUCACACCCACAAACACACUGCUUAUUUACCAUUGCCUUCACUUUUUUCUUGAGAAAGAGCAAACUGCUUAUUUGUUAAUCAAUUCGCAGCUAACUCCAAUUGCAUACUUCUAUUGUACCCAUUUUAAUGGCUUAAA